AGGGCGGGCAAUGCGCAUGUGUGGAGGAGAGACCGCGCCCCGAGAGGUGAGGGGGGGGGUGAAGAGCUGCGUGCGCACGCAUGCGCAGGCGUGGCAGUGCGUGCCCGUUCCGAGCCAGUUGCUGCUGCUAAGGAAGCUUCUCGGGUUGGGGGGUUUGUAGCGGCGGCCGCUGUUGGGACUCGCCCCCCCCCCCCGCCCCUCCCGCCAUUUGUACCUGGCGUCCUGAGGCGCGCCCAGCCCCUCGCUCAGCACCAGCCGAAGGCGCGACGCUUCCAAAAUGUCGCAGACAGCCAUGUCCGAGACCUAUGAUUUCCUGUUUAAAUUCUUGGUUAUUGGAAAUGCUGGAACUGGCAAGUCCUGUUUGCUUCAUCAGUUUAUUGAGAAGAAAUUCAAAGAUGACUCAAAUCAUACUAUUGGAGUGGAAUUUGGUUCAAAGAUAAUAAAUGUAGGGGGUAAAUAUGUAAAAUUACAGAUAUGGGACACAGCAGGACAAGAGAGAUUCAGGUCUGUAACAAGAAGUUAUUACAGAGGUGCAGCAGGUGCUUUGCUUGUCUAUGACAUUACCAGCCGAGAAACCUACAACGCACUUACUAAUUGGUUGACAGAUGCAAGGAUGUUAGCAAGUCAAAAUAUUGUGAUCAUACUGUGUGGGAACAAAAAGGAUCUCGAUGCAGAUCGUGAAGUUACUUUUUUAGAAGCAUCCAGGUUUGCACAAGAAAAUGAGCUGAUGUUUUUGGAAACAAGUGCACUAACCGGGGAGAAUGUUGAAGAGGCCUUUGUACAGUGUGCAAGAAAAAUACUUAAUAAAAUUGAAUCAGGUGAACUGGAUCCAGAAAGAAUGGGCUCAGGAAUUCAGUAUGGAGAUGCUGCCUUGAGACAGCUGAGAUCCCCACGUAGAGCACAGGCUCAAAGUGCUCAAGAAUGUGGCUGUUAAAGAAAACACAACAAAACAAAUUGAACACUUGUUCUAGAAACAAAAGAUGUCCAUGCAAUUGGUGUUUGUAGCAACAACUGACAAAGCUUGAAGGCUAUGCAGUUUUUUAAAACAUCUUUACUAAUGUAUGUGAACAGAAAAGCCACUGCUGGAAAAACAGUACCGUAUGGUGGUAGGCAAGAAUGUGCAUAUGACACAGCAGACUGCAAAACAAACCUGACAAUUCAGUGGACAAUACUAAGACUCAUCUGUAUGUAAACAUUUUCCGUUACAUAUUUUUGUCACUCACCUUUAAGGUUUUGCUGUAUACUGUAUAUAAUGUAACAGUAAAUUUCCAAAGCAUGAUCUGCUUAUGUUUGAUAUAAUAAAUGUUGCACUAAAAGCAAUUAUAUUUUAUUUUUUUUAAUCAUAUUAACUAAAACGUGUUAACUGAGUUAGGCUUUAUCAUGUUUGUGUUAAUUGCACACUAGGCUAUGUUUAUGACCUGAAAUACAAAGCCACUGGCACUGUCAGUGAUUUUCCUUCUUCACUACAUUUGCCACAUUCUAAAAGGUGUUUACAUGAUCCAUUCUUGAAGUACGGUGAGGACAUUACCUACAUUUACUAAUCUGUCAAAUUUGGAAUGGGUGUUUUUAUUGAAGUGCAUCUGUCCUGUUUUCUGACAAUUCUUAAAUUUCUCUCAACUAUA